AGCCGGCAGCACGCCUGGCCAGGCAGGUGCAGCUGCUGCUCAGUGACAGACCUCGCGGGGGGUCCUGCUUUCGGGAGCGGUGACGUGCAGGGUCCUGCGGCCGGGGAGAGAUGGCCCUGUCAGGCGCCGGCCCGGAGGGACGGGAGUGCGGCAGUGACGACUUCAUCAAGCUUUGCAAUCCGAACCUCUCCAGGAUGAAGGAAGACAUCCUCUACCAUUUCAGCCUCAGCACCAGCACGCACGACCUCCCGGCCAUGUUUGGGGACGUGAAGUUCGUGUGCGUGGGGGGCAGCCCCUCCCGCAUGAAAGCCUUCAUCACAUACGUGGCCUCGGAGCUGGGCCUGGGCCGCCCGGGCGAGGACUACCCCAACAUCUGCUCGGGGACGGACCGCUACGUCAUGUUCAAAGUGGGGCCGGUGCUGUCUGUCAGUCACGGCAUAGGCAUCCCCUCCAUCGCCAUCAUGCUGCACGAGCUCCUCAAGCUCCUGUACCACGCGCGCUGCUCCGGCGUCACCGUCAUCCGCAUCGGCACCUCUGGCGGCAUAGGGCUGGAGCCCGGCUCCGUGGUCAUCACCCAGCAGGCGGUGGACGCCCGCUUCAAGCCGGAGUUCGAGCAGAUGGUCCUGGGGAAGCAGGUUGUGCGCACCACAGACCUGGACGCGCAGCUGGUGCAGGAGCUCGUGCGGUGCUCCGCCGACCUGGACGAAUUCCCCACGGUCGUGGGCAACACCAUGUGCACCCUGGACUUCUACGAAGGACAAGGCCGUCUAGAUGGUGCCCUGUGCUGCUACACUGAGCAGGACAAGCAGGAGUACCUGCGGGCGGCCCAUGCUGCCGGCGUCUGCAACAUCGAGAUGGAGUCGUCCGUCUUUGCCGCCAUGUGCAGCGCAUGCGGCCUGCCAGCGGCCGUGGUGUGUGUCACCUUACUUGACCGCCUGCAAGGGGACCAGAUCUGCAGCCCCCACGAGGUGCUGGUCGCGUACCAGCAGCGGCCGCAGAGGCUGGUCAGCCACUUCAUCAAGCAGCGGCUCACGAAGGCCUGAGGUCCCGCGUCUCCGCGGGGAGUGUCCCCCGGCUGCAAAUAAAGUCGCUGUCG